GGAUCUAAACUUUCGAUGGAAGAACUCUUCUAACCGGACUUUCCUCUCCAGUGUUCCCAGCAGAGGAGGAAGUUAAACCGGGGCGGCUCACCUCUCCGCUCCGCCACCGCUGAAAAACCCUCAUCGGAGAACAACCUGAGGAACCUGCGUGGUUUUAUCCCGCAGCCAGUAUCUCAGCUUUGAGAAACUUCCAACUUUCUGCUGCUGCUGUUGUUUUUCUCCCGGUUUAGUGGGGGGGUCUGAGCUGAACAGCUUCGCCGAUUAAUCAAGAUGUCUGUCCGGUCGAGCCAGAAGACGACGACGACCUACCGGACCGUGAACGUCGCCUCUCCGGAGCCUACGGUGACCAGCACGGUGAUCUCGCCCGGGCCGGUGUCUCCGCUGCCGUACGCGAUGAACGGCUCCUACGAGACGGUGCGGUACCUGGUGCCGGUGCAGCAGGCCAUGCCACAGCAGCAGUCCUUCGUCCUGAUGCCUCAGCCUAUGGUUCAGCCAAUGAUGGGGCAGAUGGUAUCCCCGGUAUACCUGCAGGGUAUGCAACACCUGAGCGUCAGCAGCCAGGAGUCCGACCUGGUUUUUCAGCAGCAGAGCACCAUGGGGAGCAUCAGCGGGAAGUCUUCAUCAGUGUUCAGCCAGUCGUCCAGUCCCACCAAGAGCCCCGAGCCAAGUGCUGAGGAGGAGGAGCAAGAAGUAGAGGAGGAGGAAGAGGAAGAGGAGGCGGUGGAGGUGGAAGAGGUGGAGAUUGUCAAUAUCGUACAGCAGAAGCCGCCACCAGUGGUAGAGAAGCUCACCAGGAUAGAGGUGAACACCAACCUGAGGGAGGCGCCCCAGCCGACGAAGCUGGACACGCGUUACUUUGGUGAGCUGCUGGCCGACGUCUACAGGAAGAACUGUGACAUCCACUCCUGCAUCUCCGAGCACGUGUCCAAGAUCCGUGGACAGAAACACCGGCUGGAUCCCAGCAAUGACUACAAGGUGGAGAGAGAGGAGGUGGAGGCUUUGAUUCCCAGAGGAACCACUGAACUGACCAAACAACAAAUGCGCUACCUGCUGCAGACUCGUCUCACUGCAGAUAAGAGCAUGCGUCUGCUGCUGUCAACCUUCAGCAGCCUGAGAGAGGAGCUCCUCCACAUGUCCGAGGACCUGAGGCGUCUGGAGAGUGAGAAGGAGUCUUUGGAGCGAGAUCUGAGUUUCAAAGCAGACCAGGCUCGGCAGUAUGACUGCCUCCUGGAGGCCGUCCGAGAAAACAACAGACAGCUCCAGCUGUCUCUGAAGGAAGCCAGCACCGCCCAGCGUUCCCUGGAGAGCCAGCUGAUGAGCAGCCGAAACACCGACUCGAGCCGCGAGUUCAAGAUCAAAGAGGUGGAGGGAAGGAUGAGAGCGCUGGAGAAGGAGAACGAGAUGCUCCGACAGAAGCUGGCAGGCCAAGGCAGCAACUCCACCCUGCACAUCAAGACGGAGGAGCUGUCACGUCAGUACAACGAGCAGCUCAGCACCAUCAGACAAGAAAAAGACCAGGAGAUACAGAGGCUGAGGUCCCAGAUAACACGAAUGCAGACGGAGGUCAGCAGCGAGAGGUCGUCCUCAGAGAAGAGUCUCCAGCUGAAGAUCUCAGAGCUGCUCGCCAUGUUGGAGCAGAGACAGACCACCAUCACCCGACAGGAGGAGGAGAUCAAGAGGUUGAUUCAUGAGAGGAACGACAGCUCCAAGAACGUCACCAAGACCAUCAUCACCAAGAGGUACAGGAACCAGUAUCCCAUCCUUGGUCUGCUCAGUGACGACUACCAGGUCACCUCACCCAUCAAAGAGGCCAAGACCAUCGUGAUCGAGAGAACUGGAGAGAUGAUCAAACAGGAAAUCAUUACAACCCCUUAAAGACACACUGCUUCUCUCCGACAGGAAUGAUUGAACGACAAGAAGACCCAGACGUCACCCCCCUCCCCUCUUCCCCGCACCCUGCAUGCUCCUCCUCCCCCUCCCCUCCCCUUCCCUCCCUCCCUCAUCCUCAGGGCUCCCAGGGUCGGUGGUGGUCGAAACCCCCCCCUCUCCCUCCCCCCCUAAAUUUGGGAUCACUGAUUCAGGUCUUUGGUUUGACCAAAUUGGGCUCGUUCGGGGUGACUGUUUUGUUUGGGCUUUUUUUUAUCUAUAAAAAGGGAACAGAUAAACUAAUAAUCAAAGACCAAAUCUUUUCACACGAUACUACAACCAGUCGGUUGUGCAAUGGAUUAAGGUGGCAGUAAUGUAGUGAUCGUGACAACUGGGAACUGGGAACUUUUAAAAUAAGAGCUGAGAAUAUGUAUUACACAUAAACCCACGGUCUCUAUUUUCUCACCUUCAUUAUUUCAUUCUGUUUGAUUGAGUAAAAGUUUAAGGUUAAAAACAUCUCAACUAAUGUCUGAUGUCACAAUUAACCAGGUAAAACACUGUGUGUGUCCCAAACUGGCUUUUGAUUGGCUACUAAACUAAAUGUCAUUUGAGAAAUACUAAAAUAAUAAAAACAAAAGAGUAACUCUAACAUGUUCACUGCUUAAUUUAAUCUUUAAUCUCUCACCUGAUGCGACUCUAUACACUAACACACAACAAACAGCAUUCCUACAAAGAACAGAAUACAUUUGCUCUGUUAAAUAAAAUCCAUUACAGCUCUCUGCAGUGGGGUUGGGAAUUGUGACUCAUUGCUCAUGAUGGAAUCACUGAACAGGUGAUUCUGUGAUACAUUGCUAGACAAUCAUCUGUGAUACAUUAAAAUAUAUGUACCUGAAGAAGAAAACAUUGAUAAAAUGGCAGAAUAUGUGAUAAGAAUCUAGAUAUUUCCUGUGCUUACUGCUUCCCAGAUAAACAGCAUUAAGUUUCACUGAGGUUUGUCAAAAACUUAGAUUCAAGUGAGGCAAAAAAACCAAACUGUCAGAAAGCAGAAGAGUCAAAGAAAGUCGCAGCUGUCUCAGUAUCACAGAGGUUGUAUUGUGAUGUAUUGCUGUAUGAAUUAUUUGUCCCAUCCCUACUUGGCAGGUGAGCUAAUAAGCUGAAAAUGGUACAACACACAGAUUCCAAGCAGGUUUUCAAUAUGAACUGCAAAUCAACUACACUCCAGCCACAGCAUGCAAACUAAACGCAGUCAAUCUGAGUGUAAUGUAGACGGGCACUGUCUCAGUUUCCAGUUGUCACUAAUGCACGUUGAACUAAGACUGGUACCAUCUAGCAUGUAGCAUGAGAUCCUCAAAGCCACCACAGCCAUGCUAGCCCAGGGGACGAGGAAGUGGAUGCGUUACUACGAUUGCUACUCUGCAUGUAAAUAUUUAUAUAUAUAUACAUAAAUAUAUAUAUUUUUAAGAAGGGAACAUUUGAAAAUGUUCUGACUGGGUAGUUUGCUUUGCUUUUGUUUUGUGCUAAAUGGUUUGUAUGUAUCAGUUGUGUAAUUGUUUUUAAUGCAUUUUACUCUGUGGUUUGUACAUCUUGUGUCACUCCGAGGUGCAUGGGAAUGUGUAGAUCACAUGUAGCUUUGACAUGUUUGUAUAUGACAGUGGGAUCUGGGUCAGGUCUGUGUGAUGUCUCACAUCCAUGAGAGGAGAUGCAAGCUUGCACUGACUCCCAUGGGUGUAAUGCAUCGCGGUGGGCGGGUGGGGGUGGGGUUAAGAGGUGGAUGGCUGGAUGUACGGAACUGGAGCAUGAUUUAAUGGGGGUUUAUGAUGGUGGAAGAAAAAUGUUAAAGCACAAUAUUAUGUCAACCGUAUAGCGAGAAUUUCUCUUCCUCAGUUUUCCUGGUUGUCUUUGUUCAGGCUAUUAAUUUUUUAUUUUGCAUAGUGAAGCAUGUUGAAGGCUUCGUGUCCACCGGGUGCUCACCUUUAACGUGCAGGAUGUUCCACCAGCUGAUCUGCAGCUUGACUGCAGGUCGGGGUGGAAGGUUUACAGAAAACUUUCAACAGAAACUACUUAACUUUACACUGAGGCUAUGUACUUAAGAGUGCAGCUACAUUACAGACCGUUAUGUUUUAAUCAGCCUGUUGCCAAGAAAACAAGCACUUAUUUGUGCUUGUUUCAGAGUCAUGCAUCGUGCUAAAGCUCCUGCCCGAUUUUACUGUUUUAAGAUGUAACUUAAAUUUAUGAUUUCCGUUUGCAGCAGAUGAAACAGAUACAUGUGCUUUGACAGGCUGCAGCACCAGGUCCUAGCUGCUGGAGUGUUUUAAAACAUCUUAUUUAACAAGCACCACACCGUCCAAAGAGUGUCAGACGUGCUGCACAGACAUUCCUCCUCAACAUCUCAUUAACAGCACUGACAGAAAAGAGCCACCCAGUGGACACGGUGCCAAAUUUCUGUAGGAAGCCUGUAAAAAUAUUUUGACUUUUGUGGAGCAUCAAGUGCCUUAUUGUGUUUAUCUUGUUAACAAGCAAAUGGGUCGGCAACAGUGUUUGGUUGACAAAGUAUCAUCAUCAUCAUCAGGUUAAGAUCUGGAUACUCUGAUCAUUUUCAAACAGCUCUGGCAGAAUCGCACCAAUAGUGGCUGUUGCCUUAAGAAAGUCCUUCAUUUGCUUGCUAUCUGGGUAAUCUCUGAGAAAACCAGAGCCUGCCUCCCUUUGCCAGCAGAGGAUAAAUUGUACGCUGAGCUAAAUUAACUGGUUGUAGCUAAUCUGCAAAUAGAUAGGGCUACAUAUAUUUUUGUAUGCAGAAGAUUUUCUUUAUUUUCCAGUCCCGGAGGAUUAGGCCUGCUACGCCUCACUACGCUGUCUCAGUCCUUCUCAAUGACAAAUGUUUGAGCUGUGAUAGAUUGUGAUUAAAAUCAGUGAUAUGUCUUUA